GUCAGGGGCUGCACUUGCUGGGUUCUUUAAAUCCAUGACUUAAUGCAGGGUGACUAAUCUCCAUUUAUGCUGCAGCCAUAGGAUUGUGUCGCAGCGUGCCCUGCCACUGACAGAGCGUCUGUUGGAAUACAAGUCUUAAUAAAAGCAGCUCCAUCUUCGUCUUCUGCCGCCCAGGAGCCAUCAGACCCGGAGCAACCAGACGUGUAAAUGGAGAAUCAGUCGUUGUCGUGACUGUUCUUCGCCGCCUCUCACCCUGCAGAAGACUGCGUUGAAGUUGCAGCAGCAUCCAUACCCCCGCUGCUCUCUCCUGAUCGCAGACAUGGGGACCGUGCUGUCCAUAUCUCAGGCGACGAAAAAGUCAUCUAUUAUGGACGCAAAGCUCGCAGGAGAGGCACACAAAAACGACAAGAGUCUCAAGCGGCCUUCAAUGUUCGUCUCCAUCUCCUGGAAGAAGCUGGUGGCAAAUCCCGCAAAAAAGAGUGCCAAGAAAGUGACCCCGAAUCCGAUCCCCGCCUGCGAGAUCCCGUCCGGCCGAGUGGAUCAGCUUAACAGCGAAAAUACCAGGAAGACCCACCAAACCGAAGAGAAGAAAUCCAAAGCGCCGAUCCCGGUCCCGGUGCCCACAGUCCCCCAAGAUGCUGUCGUCCAAAACGGGAAGCCCUCCGCGGUCCAGAAGCAACCCAGCAGCGUGUCUCUGGUGUCACCGAGGCGGAUAGUUAUCCAGGCUUCAACCGGGGAGCUGCUCCACUGUUUAGGGGACUUCAUGUGCCGCAGGUGUUUUAAACUGAAAGAGCUGAACAGCGGAGAUGUGGUCAUCUGGUUUCGAAACAUCGAUCGGACUCUGUUGCUCCAGGGCUGGCAAGACCUAGGCUUCAUCACGCCGGCUAACGUGGUGUUCGUGUACCUGCUGUGCGAAGACACGAUAUCGGACAGCAUCGACAGCAAGGCCGAGCUGCAGGGCACCUUUCAGACUUGCCUCUACCUUGCAUACUCCUACAUGGGCAACGAGAUCUCCUACCCGCUCAAGCCGUUCAUGAUCGAAUCGAACAAGGACGUUUUCUGGGAGACGUCGCUCCGGAUCAUCAACAGGCUGAGUGCCAAAAUGCUGCAGCUGAAUGCAGACCCGCAGUUUUUCACCGAGGUCUUCCAAGACCUCAAAAACCAACGAGACACGUGCGAGGCAAACCUGGACCGCUGAGAACGAAAAACACUUGUGCUUUUUUUUUUUUUAAAGACUAGGUGCAAAUCAAACAGCAUUGGUUUUGAAUGUAAAGGCCAACGUUGAAGGCUUCUCACGUCUGGGCUGAAUAUCUCUAGAAUGAUGUUACAGCUUCGGUGUGUUUAGGAUACAGUGUAGGAGGUUUCUAUAAAUGCAUGCCAAUGGUAAUAUUGUCCUAUUUUGUCUUGUCUCUUGAGUGACGCAGGGAUUGACUUCGUAGUAUAAAGUGACACCCCCGUUUCAUUCAUGAUUAGGCCACUCUCUGAGUGUAAAGUAAAUGGAUGUCGCAAUGAGGUGCAGGUUUGAGGCGGGACCAGAACAGAUCUGUGUGCUUGUGAGAAGUCGGGAGGCGGAGCUGUCCGAGGUGCUGACCUGUGCUACCGUUUCUCCUCCGCUCCCUUCUAUCAGAGUCGCAUCGUCAAAACCGAGCCGAGCUGGCUUACGAGGAUCAGAGUCAGAACAAUACACGAUCGGCACAUUAAACCCAAACCUUGUAAUAUUGCUUUUUUAGAUUCUCAACCAGCUGAUAGGUAAGCUGUUCAACAGGCAACAGAUAUAAGAAGUAUGUUCCUUUAAGGGGACAAAACAUGUCAGGCCUCCUUAUGUAGAUAGUCCCUCUAUAAAAGAGGUAGAAAAGCAAGUCUCCAUCUUCUGCUGAAAAGCAUCAUGCUGCAUAUGGCUUCAUAGCAUGUAUCUAUUUCUUACUCCUGUUGUGUUCAAAUAAACCACCUCACUUUGAAUUAAAAUAACUUUUUUCGCCAACCACCUUGAUUUCGACCGUUGGUUCGAGGAUAUGUAAUAUAUUAUGAUAUGAUAUAAUAUAAUAUAACAUGACAAUGCUGGCAGACAUAGUUAGAGGCAGUAUUUUCCUCCUGGAAUGUGAUAAACUGCCCUAAAUAUUACCAUAUAUGGCCCCACAGCAAGAGUAUUUGCUUAUUCAACCCAAGGCCCAUAUGUGUAUUUUUUUCAAUACAUUGCAGAGGUCAGCAUGACUAGAGACUAAAUGGAAUGUAAAGUUUUUCAAGAGAUUUUUGAAAAAUCUCAUAUGUGCCAACUACCAAAUACUCUUGGCCUGAAACUAUGUGGUUUACAUGUACAUAUCCUUCAUUUUAGAUGCGCUCUUUGUUUAAUUUGUAUCUGCCUGUUUUUGAAGCUGACUGCAUAUGCUGCAGUUCAAGCAUGACAAAAAACAAAUAGAGCAUUAAGGUCAAAUGGUAUUUUUUGCCAUGCUCUGUAAAUGUGUCGUGAUCCUCAUUUUGACUGGGUUUAAAGGACGCUUCCUCAUAAUGUAAAUAUUGAAUGUGAAGGUGUCAUUGUUCAGUGACUAGUCAUUUCCACACAUUUUGCAGUUUGUAUAAGCUAAAUGUGAUUUGACUGCAACUCUGAAGCCAUGCUUUUAGGGCAACCUGGACAGUUAUUCAGUAUUAUGCUUCAAAGUAGCCAUUGUGAUGUUGUGUUGUGAAACCAUUGCUUGGAAUGUAGAAUAUAAUGCUGCUAUUUUGCACAGCUGUGAACAAACCUUGAUGUUUUGCACAGUGGUAUAACAUGAUGGUCGUGUACCAGUGUUUCCUACCACGGACUGGAGUGUUCGCCAUUACAUUUUGCAGUUAAUGUCACUAAGGCUCACUCUACGGUUUUUCCUGUAUGUCAGCUAUGGAAUGUGAUGUUUAGAUGUGUGUGUUGUCUGUGGCUGCACCACAGUUGCAUUCACUAUCUAUACAUGUUAUUAAAAGGUCAGUACAGUAAUUGUUUGUGGUAAACAUCGUGAAAUAAAUCCAAACCUCUGUAGG